GCUAUAAAAUACCUCGGCGGCCGCCUCCCAUCUCCCAUCUUCCGCCUCCGAACACCUGCUCUCUUCUUCCAUUACCCUCUGUCUCCAUGGCUCUCCGUGCCAUCGCCGGCAAGAAAACCUUAACCCUAGGGCUAGUGCUUGGUCCCCGCGCCGCCGCCGGCGCCUCCGCGCCGAGGACGGGGUCGGGGCUCCGCCACGCCCGGGGCCUGGUGACCUUCUCGCUGCCGGACCUCCCUUACGACUACGGCGCCCUCGAACCCGCCAUCAGCGGCGAGAUCAUGAAGCUCCACCACCAGAAGCACCACCAGACGUACAUCACCAACUUCAACAAGGCCCUCGAGCAGCUCGAGGAGGCCAUGGCCAAGGGGGACUCCUCCAAGGUCGCCCACCUCCAGAGUGCCAUCAAAUUCAAUGGUGGAGGCCAUAUCAACCAUUCAAUCUUCUGGAAAAAUCUCAAGCCUCUUAAUGAGGGUGGUGGUGAGCCUCCUCAUAGCACACUUGGUUGGGCCAUUGAUACGGACUUUGGUUCAUUGGACGCUUUGGUGCAAAAGAUGAAUGCAGAAGGUGCAGCUUUACAGGGAUCUGGAUGGGUGUGGCUUGCUCUGGAUAAGGAGAUGAAAAAGCUCAAAGUUGAAACAACUGCAAAUCAGGAUCCACUAGUCACUAAAGGUGCAAAUUUGGUUCCUUUGCUUGGUAUAGAUGUGUGGGAACAUGCAUACUACCUUCAGUACAAAAAUGCAAGACCAGAGUAUCUGAAGAACAUAUGGAAGAUCAUGAACUGGAAAUAUGCUAGUGAAGUCUAUGAGAAAGAGAUUGCCUAAAUGUGUGCUCUUUGUUCUGUAACAUGAGCUUUCAUGUGUCGUUCUCCUUUUGUGUUUUACCAUGAGAAGACUCCUGUAUCGAAUAAGAUGGGCCUUUCCUGUCAUAGAAGCUUGUUUACGUUGUAUCCCUUGUAUGAAAGCAGCAUUGUCUGCGUUAAACGCCCCUGACCUUCAACACGCUCUGACUGUUUCUAGUCUCUGGCACAGCUAUUCAGGUCAUGUGUAUAAGUUGGCAGCUCAUCUCUGUUAGUAAUAAGACUGCCUUGCGUGAAA